GUGCUUGGGUCAGACCGAUAAAAAAAGGGAUCUUAUUAAUCCAACAUGAACCGCCGCCACUUUUCAUUUCCUUCCUGUUUUCGUUCCACAUUUAAAAUUUCUUUCUUCUCUCUCUCUCUCUCCUCUCUGCCGACUUUCGUCGGCGAAGAUCCGAGUGAUUUAGCCCAGCAUAUCGCCGGAAAUCCACUGUCUCCGGCGUCUUCAUCCUCAUCCAUCGCAAUUCGCCUUCUUUUCUCAAGUUACAGUUAUGAAUCCAGAAUAUGAUUAUCUAUUCAAGCUUUUGCUUAUUGGAGAUUCUGGGGUUGGCAAAUCGUGUCUUCUUUUAAGGUUUGCGGAUGACUCAUAUUUGGAGAGCUACAUAAGCACCAUUGGAGUUGAUUUUAAAAUACGAACUGUGGAGCAAGAUGGGAAGACCAUUAAACUUCAAAUUUGGGAUACUGCUGGGCAAGAAAGAUUUAGGACAAUCACUAGCAGCUACUAUCGUGGGGCGCAUGGCAUUAUAGUGGUUUAUGAUGUCACUGACCAAGAGAGCUUCAACAACGUCAAGCAAUGGCUGAAUGAGAUUGAUCGCUAUGCUAGUGAUAGUGUCAACAAACUUCUGGUUGGCAACAAGAGUGAUCUCACUGCAAAUAAAGUUGUGUCAUAUGAAACCGCGAAGGCAUUUGCGGAUGAAAUUGGCAUUCCUUUUAUGGAAACCAGCGCAAAAGAUGCCACUAAUGUGGAGCAUGCUUUCAUGGCCAUGGCUGCUGCAAUCAAGGAUAGAAUGGCAAGCCAACCAUCCAUGAACAAUGCCAGGCCUCCAACAGUGCAGAUCCGAGGUCAGCCAGUUGCACAAAAGAGCGGUUGUUGCUCAUCCUAAGCACAAGGAGGUACUAGUUCGCCUUCCUGUGCCUAGUCUGAUGGAUUCCCCACUGUGUAUGACCUCUUUCAUCAGUUUCUUUAAAUUGAAGAUAGCCUAUUUUGAACCAGCCUCAUUUUCUUUUGGUUCACUUGUUUGAAUGUGUUUUGUGCAGCAGAUGCCAUUCUUUUCUACAUGUCAUGGAAAAAUCUGUAAAAAGUAGGAACACUAAUCAAUGCCAGAUUCAUUUCUGCUUUCUAUUCUAUAAAAUUUGUACGCUGCCUCCCUCCUUCCCAAUUUCACGUUGAACAAUGGAUCCUAGCACUUGCUAAUAAUGAAUGGAUGUUCGCUUCAACAUUA